AUGACAAAUAUCGGUCGAAAACUACCAGCGAAGAUUGUGGAAGUAAUUGAAGGUGAAAAUUUGUCGAGAGACAGUUUCAUCUAUUAUACAGAUGAUCAAGGUUGGGUGUAUCAAAGACGUGAUGCUAAUCUUGUCAAUUCGCAACGAAAUAUACUCGAGAGAGUCCAAUCAUCAAGUUUUUCCGUCGAACAUACUCUUGCAAGUAGUGUAAGUUCUGUUGAUGAUGCUCGUCCACUCGAAACACUUGGCCCUUUCGGUACUCAAGUAGCCAAUGUCUCAGUAACCCUGGUACAAGGCACAGAUAUGUAUGAAACAUCAUUUAAUCGAAGAUUAAGUAAACUCGCCGAAUAUGAGAACAUCGAAUGUAUUGGACAACAUGCUCCAUUGGCACCAGUAACGCUGGUUGGAACAGCUCGUGAUGUUGCACAUAUACCACGUGAUGCAACACAUUUCUGUUGGGUUUAUCCACCGACCGGACUGACCCAAUUAUGUGAUGAUGCAAGGGCAAACAUUGACAGGGAAGUGUCAAAGGGUGAUCCAGCAUAUACAUUUUUUGCUCUUGGUGGUUUUGUUUAUUUUCGUCUUGAUCAAGGUACUUACACAACAUUACAAGCCAAUGCUCUUGUUCAAGCAGAGAGCGGUCUUGUAUUUAAUGGACCUUUCAAAUGGCGAUCGGCCUAUACGGCUCAUCUAGCUAAACAAGGACGAUUUCAGGCACGAUGUUACUAUUUCGUCACUACUGGAUUUAGGCAUAAAAUAUUAUUGUUUUAUCAAUCCCAAUGA